AUAUAUAUACGAACCCCUUUUACUUGCAAAAGUAUAUAUUGGAUUUGUCAAUUAUGUUAUGGUCGGAAUACUACUCAUAGCAACUUAAUCGAAUUAGGAGAAGCAGUCGGCAUUAUUGCAGGCCAAUCAAUUGGAGAACCGGGAACUCAACUAACACUAAGGACUUUUCAUACUAGUGGAGUAUUCACGGGUGAUAUUGCAGAACAUGUACGAGCCCCGUUCACCGGAAAAAUUGAAUUCAAUGAAAAUUUGGUUUAUCCCACCCAUACCCGUCAUGGGCAUCCUGCUUAUAUAUGUCAUAAUAGUUUAGACGUGACUAUCAAUAAUAAAUAUGAAGUACAAAACUUAACGAUUCCGCCAGAAAGUUUGCUAUUCAUUCAGAAUAAUCAACUCGUCGAAUCGGAACAAGUAAUUGCCAAGGUUCGUGCUAAAAGAUCCCCCUUUAAAGAAAAAGUAAAGAAACAUAUAUAUUCUGACUUGACAGGAGAAAUGCACCGGAGUAUCCCUAUGUCUAAUUUUAUAUUAGAGACAACUCAUUUAUGGGUAUUAUCGGGUAGUAUAUAUGAAUCCGUUGUAGUACCUUUUUCUUCAGAUCAAGAUCAAGUGGAUAUUCAAGAACUUCUUCUUGACAAACAUAAAUCACUUUCAAAUUAUUCGAUGGAUCAAGUGAAACACGAAUCAGUUGACUCAAACUGUUUUGAAAAAGGAAAAAAAAUCUUGAAUUAUUUCGAAACUGAUCGAACCAUACCUAACGAACAUAAAGACUCUAUCUAUUCCGCCAUUCUUUUUGAAAAUACCCAUAUGAGUGUAAAAAAGGAAAAAAAUAAACUCAUCGUACCAUUAUGGUGUGAUAAACAAUGGGGAAAGCGAAGAAUUCCUUGUCCUGAUUUCAUUUUUAGAAUACCCAGAGGACAAGGUAUUUUACUAAAUAAAAAGCACAUUUUUGCUUUUUUGAAUGACCCCCGUUCAAAAAUGAUAAAAUAUGGGAAUAUUCUCGGAGGUUAUUCAAUUGAAAAAAAAAGGAAUUCUCUUGAAAAUCAAUUAGACGGAGGGCCCAGAUUAAAAAUAAAAAAGACUUAUGCUUCUCUUAUUUCAGUAGGAACAAAUGAGAUCAUUAUCAAUAUGAUUCAAAUUAGCUUGCUGAAAUACCCUUUUUUCAAUAUCGCAAAAAGGGAAAAUAUAGCAAGUUCUCCAUUUUUGUUUCAUAACAAAUUAGGUCACACUAAUUUGAAUGAUCAAAGUAAAUUACUGAGUAAGGGAACUAUUCGUUCAUUACCUAAUGAGAAUAAAAAAGAUGAAUCUUUUACUAUUCUUUCUCCUUCUGAUUUUUUGCAAAUCGUUUUGUUUCAUGAUUUAAAAUGCUUGAAUACAGUAAAAAAGUUGGAUGCAAAUAAAAAAAGAAUUGAAUUGUUAGGUCUCCUGGGUCAUUUACAUAGUAUUGCUAAUCGUUUCCCAUACUCUCAUUUCAUGACUUAUAAAAAAGUGUUACUAACUGAACGUUCAAUUUCUAACAAUGACUCGAAUAAUUUCCAAUUAGCUAAAUGCUAUUUUAUGGACGAAAAGAGGGAAAUUUAUCAAUUUGAUUCAUGCAGGAAUAUUAUUUUCAAUUUCUUCAAUUUGAAUUUGUACUUUUGCCUAUCCAAUUUUUUGGAAAAAACAUUUCUAGUAGUCAGCCUUGGACAAUUUUGUUCCGAAAGUAUAUGGAUAUCCGAAGAUAAACAACUCCAAGGAUCUGGUCAAAUUGUAGUUGUUCAUGAGGAAUCUUUCGUCAUUAGAUUAGCUAAACCCUAUUUGGGUACUCGAGGAGCAACUCUUAAUAGUUAUUAUGGGAAAAUUCUUUACCAAGGAGAUACAUUAAUAACUCUGUUAUACGAAAGAUUAAAAUCCGAUGAUAUAAUUCAAGGUCUUCCUAAAGUUGAACAAUUGUCAGAAGCCCGCUCAAAUACUUCAAUAUCAAAAAAUCGAAAAAAAAGAUUUCAAAAAUUGAACAGAUACCUAGCAAUAUUUUUUGGAAACUUUUAG